CCUAAAUCUGAUGGGAUCCAGGUGUCAGUUGACUGCAACAACCCAAGAUAUGGGGAUGUUGUGGAAACUCAACAACAUUAUAGGAGUAGGUGGAGGUCCAUUCAUGUUAUGUAUCUUACAAUGUUUCUCAGCAGUGUAGGUUUUUCAAUUGUAAUUAUGUCAGUGUGGCCAUAUCUGCAAAAGAUUGAUCUGACCGCAGAUGCAAGUUUCUUGGGAUGGAUUAUUGCUUCAUACAGCCUUGGACAAAUGAUAGCCUCACCUCUCUUUGGUUUAUGGUCCAAUUACAGGCCAAGAAGAGAACCACUUGUAGUUUCAAUUGCCAUUUCUGUGGCUGCUAACUGCCUUUAUGCCUAUGUCCAUUUACCUGCUUCACACAACAAAUACUACAUGCUGAUUGCUCGUGCCCUUGUGGGAUUUGGAGCAGGAAUCGUAGCAGUAGUUCGAUCAUACAUUUCCGGUGCCACUUCUCUUAAAGAAAGAACUAGUGCCAUGGCCAACACCAGUGCUUGUCAAGCCAUAGGAUUCAUAUUAGGACCUGUUUUUCAGACUUGCUUCUCUCUGAUUGGAGAAAAAGGAGUGACAUGGGAAAUCAUCAAUCUCCAAGUGAACAUGUACACAGCACCCGUUCUACUGGGAGCUCUCCUAGGAAUUAUCAAUAUUAUUCUAAUCUUUGCUAUAUUCAGAGAACAUCAAGUAGAUGACGGGGGAAGACCAUCCAAAAGCAUCAAUUUUGAAACAGAAGAAAGUGAUUAUGUGGAUCAGAUUGCCCAAGGAAACAUUGACCAGAUGGCUGUUGUAACAACCAACAUUCUUUUUUUUGUCAUCUUGUUUGUUUUUGCUGUCUUUGAAACCAUAGCUACUCCAUUGACAAUGGAUAUGUAUUCUUGGACCAGGAAAGAAGCAGUUUUUUAUAAUGGAAUAAUCCUUGGUGCAAUUGGCAUUGAAUCAGUCAUUGUCUUCAUGGUGGUUAAAGUAGUUUCUAAGAAGACUGGUGAGCGUGCUGUACUCUUUGGAGGCCUACUGAUCGUCUUGGUUGGAUUCUUCAUCCUGUUACCCUGGGGAAAACAAUUACCAAAUAUCCAGUGGGAAGAUAUUAAGAAUAACACCAUUCCCAGAAUCACCUUCAAUGAAAUGAUUACACCUUUCUGGAAACUCGAAACACAACUACCAUCUAAUCACACAGUAGAACCAGUAGGAUGUUCUGUUGUGCAGCCUUGGUGCCUGUACACUCCAUUGAUUUACCUGGCACAAUACAUCACCUCUGAUAUACUGAUAGGAUUGGGCUAUCCAGUUUGCAAUGUCAUGUCCUAUACUUUAUACUCAAAAAUUCUAGGACCAAAGCCUCAGGGUGUCUAUAUGGGCUGGUUAACUGCCUCUGGAAGCGGAGCACGUAUACUGGGCCCAGUGUUUGUGAGCCAAAUCUAUACUCACUGGGGUCCUCGUUUGGCAUUCAGUUUAAUAUGUGGAAUAAUUGUAUUUUCUCUGUUACUACUGGAAAUAAUGUACAAAAGACUUAUUGCAUUUUCUGUCAGAUAUGGAAUGAUGCAAGAAUAGAUUUUAAUCUAUGUAAAAUGAAAUUCAGAAAAAAACAAUUCUUAUUUUUAAACAAGGAUGUCUUGCUUACAGGCCUAUACAGUUGCAUUUGUAACUGAGUAGCGCAACCAGCCUCUGAAUCAUGCAUAGGCUAAUAUUCACUGCUAUAUCUUGAUUGAUGCAAUUAUGCCAAGAUCUUCCUUGAUAGCAAAAGGGGAAAAGUUUUUUAAUCAAAAUGCAACACUAGCAUAUUGCAGGCUGGAGUUUAUAGUUUAAGUUCAGACAUUUCUCUCAAAUAGAAUGGCAGCUUAGAGACCUACUUAUAAGAAUAUAGUGGCCAUAUUGUAAGCACACCCUUUUUUAAAAGAAAAAGACCUGCCUUGAUUCUAUGAAUCAGGAUUACUAAAACUACUUGUAACUACAAAGUUGAUGUAGCCCUGUGCAUUUGUCUCAAUACACCUACCUCUUUUAAUCAAAUAAAUGAAUUCUCAUGACAUGUAGCUUGUUUCAACUGAUUAACCAACACUAAUAGAAAAAAUAUUUUGGUCUAAAAAGACAUCUGUCAUUUGUGAAAAAGAUACUUGUAGAAACUACUCAAAAUAUUUUAACAGCUUUGAGCAAUUUAAGCUAGGAUUUUUCACAGAACCAUGAGGUUGAUGUCCAAUUCCCAUUGAAUUUUAACAACCUUAGAAUAUGUAACUCACAUUUUCCUGCGAAAAAUCCCAGUCAAGUGGUUUCCAGACCAUAAUUUAAUGCAUAAAUGGAAGUUCUUUAAUGAUUGUAUAAUUAUAUAAAUUGAAUGGUGAAGUUAGGAAAAGACAAGAUUCUUUGGAUAGGAAGUAUGCAUUCUAAACUGUAUUUCUAAGAAAAGAGACAUACUCUCCUUUAGCUGAAGUUAAGAGCUAUGGCUGCUCUUGAUAACUUUUUCUUGAUUUAGUACUAAAUGUGUAAUAAGAGUAUCUAUAGGCAUGUAACUGAAGUAAAUUACUUAAAUGCUGAUUGAAGGGCUGUCAAAGCACUUUCAUUACGUCUGCAGAAUCAAGAGCAUUUAAAAUAGAAAAGGAGCAUUAUGCUGGAACAUUUAAAGUGUCUUAUUCUGCAGUAGACUGGCUAAACCAAUGAUGCUCUUUAGAGGGAAGAGCUAUGAAAUAAUUGAGAUCGUCUGAGAGGGCAACAAACUCACAAUCUUCUUUUCCAGCUCAAGUCAUAGUUUUCAAAGAGAAAUGAUUAACGUUAUAGUAAGAAUUAAAUUAAGGUUUGUGGUAUGGUUAAUAAAAUUACAUCCAUGCAAUAUAUAUUUCUUUGGGGCCAAACCCUUACACAGGUUUUAGCAAGUUUUGUGGGAAAUGUCCAAGGAUGAUAGUACUGUAUUUUACAUGACUAGAUUUAAUUUAAUUUUAAAUUCAAGUCACCAGCCUCUUUAUAAAACAUGAGUAGAAAUGGAUAAAUAUAGAACACUCUUGCUCAGAUAAUGACAUUGUUCAGUGUUACUGUUUAUGAACUCAUUCCUUCCUUGAGAAGCAGAAGAAAAUGAGCACUAGAGCAGUAGUUCCCAAUGUUUUCUAGACUACUGUAUCUUUCAGGAGUCAGAUUUGUCUUGCAUGUUCCCUAAAACUACCUGCUUAUAAAGUCAGACAUAAAAAAUAAGUGUUGCAUCAUCCCAUUACUUAGUUUACUUACUCAUUUGACAAUAAAUCAAUUAGAAUAUUGUACUUACAUUUGAAUGUACAGGCAGUCCCUGGGUUACAUGGAUCUGACUUACAUUGGAUCCCUACUUACAAACGGGGUGAGGCAUGGCCUAUUAUGUUCUAUGCAUUCCUACCUAGCAGACUGUUGAGAGAAUAAGUUAUCUUGUGUUACCUACAUAUGCAUAGAUACUUGACUUUUUCCUCUAGCUAAAAAUGCAUAGUAGUUUAUUGCACCACUAACCCAUAGCAGGAUGCUGUGCCACUCUUAUCAUAGGUUGACAAUGCUUGCUAGUAAAUAUCUCUUUACUCUUUCUAGCUACUCAAACUAUGCCACUCUUCCAUGUGCCUUAAUAUUUAAGGUAUGUAAAUAAAAAUAACUAAUUUGAUUAAGUUCUAUCUGAAGUAAGGAUGGCAGUAUAAUGGCUUGGUAUUUCAGAAAAUAAGUUGAUGCCUGUUUUAUAAAUCACUUGCACUGGUUCUUUAUUUCCCUCUCUGGGCAUAUGCCUACAUCUGGAUACAGCUACCGUAAGUGUAUAAUAUGACCUAUUUAUUUUAAAAAGCAUUCAGUUAACAGGGUAAGCAUUCUGCACUUUUGGUACAUUUUUUACUGGAAUAGCAGGCAAGUUUGUCAUUUACUAUUAUAAAUGCUAUCUGCAGUGCUGUGGUUUAACCACUGCAAGAGAUGAUCUUAUGCUACAGAGAUGCUAAAGCAAGGCUUACUUUAGCUGAUCAGAAAGGUAGGGUAGUCAUUUCAUCUUGAAUAGUAACAGAGCAACUCUAAAUCAAACAUCUCAGGUUUGUUUGAUCUGAUAAGCAGAUACAGCAGAAGUACCACUUCAACCCUUGUACUCCCAAUGAAGCAUAUAUCAUCUACAAGUCUCCUCCACUUCAUUUUGUUUUGAAACAAAACUUUUAGCUGACCCCAGGAGUACUCAGUUGUUGUCCUCCAAACCACUAAAGAAGGCUAAUGUGAUCUUUCCAUUUUCAAACAGAAUGCUUAACAGGACUGAAAUAUAGGACAGGGCUACCUUAUGGGGAAAAGUAAAUUUAAGCUAUGCAAUUUGAGUUAGCAGUAUAAAUUAAUGGAGCUUACCACAAGGUGUAAGUGUGUAAUGAACUAACUUAUAUGGUUAAAAUGUCACAUGCCUAAUCCAUACUAUACUGUCAAC